GUCGGCCAGUAAACACAUACAUUAUAAUAUUAUAGUUGUAUUAUUGACAAUAUACACUAAUUAUUCACAAGGUCAGACGUACAGUUUAUCAGGAUCGGCAUCAUAUGGUACUAGAGGAGAAGAUUACCGAUUUACAUGUCAAAUAUCUGGCGACAAUAUACCCACAGCUGUUUGGUUUAAAAAAGAAGAUACCCCAUUCUGUAGAAUAUUAUUAUCAAGAUGUCUACAAUCAUCAUCUGAUAUCAGAUACACAUGUGGUUGCAUCAGUGGUAACAACAAAACUCUGUACCUUGAUGUAACUAAUGUUCAAUCAACUGAUGCUGGAGACUGGAUCUGUGGAGCUUUAGAUGUAAAUGGUGGCAGCAGUCUACCCGUUACACUUCUUGUCUACUAUGGACCUGAGAAUAUCAGUUUUACACCAACUAGUUCUAGUAUAACAGUGCAAGAAAAUGAAAGUAGAUAUGUAACCUGUUCAGCUGACUGUAAUCCACCACCAUGUAAUGUCAACUGGUAUAAAGGAUCUACUUUUAUAUCAUCUAUUGAACUUCUCUCAUUAAACAACAUCAAUAGACAACAAGCUGGUAAUUACACCUGUCAGGUUCAACAUAAUAAUAUCACCAACAACACACUGUCUAAAGUAUUACAGAUAACAGUGUAUUGUAAGUAUUACAGAUAACAUUUCAUUGUAAGUAUUAAUUAUAAACUAUUCACUACAGAUACUAAUUUAUUAUAAACCACGCACUACCACAACAGUUUGUGGGGGAUUUCUUUAAUUAAAUAAUCUAACGGAUUUUAUUCGAUACCAUUGUCCUUUCCUCAUUUAAUAAAUAUAAUUCAUUACCUUAACAAAUGUGCCAGAUAAUAUCAGAUUUGCAUCACCACCAUUCAGGGUUUACUUUUCUUCUGACGGUUGUAUAGGUUGGUCUACCAAAUUCAUGUCUGUUGAGUUAUUUUAUUUUAAAAAUUCCAUGAACAAAUAAUAUUACAUAUCAAAUAAUACCAUGCCCCUUAAUCUAACAGAUGGACCUGAGAAUAUUAGAUUUACACCAACCAGUUCUAGUAUAACAGUGAUAGAAAAUGAAAGUAGAUCUGUAACCUGUUCAUCUGACUGUAAUCCACCGCCAUGUAAUAUCAGCUGGUAUAAAGGAUCUACUAAAAUGUCAUCUACUAAACUUCUAUCACUGAACAACAUCAAGAGACAACAAGCUUAUAAUUACACCUGUCGGGUUACACAUACACAGAUAUCUAGUUCAGUUCUAUCUAAGCAACUGACAGUUAUAGUACACUAUCCACCAAGCAUCUCAAGUUUGAUAUCUGAUGCUACUAACAACAUGAUAGACGAUGAUUCUGGCAUUACCUUCACCUGUGCUGUUGACAGUUUUCCAUCUUCAAACAUAUCCUGGUCUAGAUCACAACAAGGGAGACAACUCUUUUUUGGUAGACAAUAUGCCAUACCUAAAGUUAGUUGUCAACAUACAGAUAACUAUACAUGUACAGCUAGAAAUGAUAUUAGUAAACCUGUAUCUAGAACUAUUCCAUUAUAUGUUAGAUGCAGGCCCGUUCUUGACCCAAAUAAAGAUACCAAGACCAGUAUAUCUGUAUCACGUGGAGAAACAGGUGUAUUAUCCAUCCAUGUUUUAGCUUAUCCACUACCUGUAUUUACCUGGUAUUAUCAACAACAAGAUGGCAGUGAAAGAUUGAUUAUAGAUUUUAGAAGUCAACAAAUAGAUGAUGGUCUUUCCUCAACACUAACUAUACAAGAUGUUACAUUUGAUGAUGGUAGAAAAUAUAUAGUUUAUGUUAAUAAUAGUCUUGGUUCCAGAUCUAUUGUAUUUAACAUGGCUGUACUGUCUAACGAUGAUGACAAUAACAAUAACCUGCUUGGUAUUGGUAUAGCUAUUGGUCUGGGCAUCAUCCUAUUCAUUAUUGCUAUUAUCAUAGUUUUACUGUGGGUCGUCUUUAAGAAAACUGGGAGGAGAAUCUGCAUUCAAAAAGUAACAGGAAAUGAUCCGACAUUAUUUGAUGACGCUAACAAUCAACAAACCAGGUCAGAUAAUAUCACCUUGUCUGAAACCCCACCUAUAUAUGAAAGAGUUGGUACUGAUGCUGUCAAUACUACAUAUCCUUCUAAUCCUGGUUAUAUCAACACAGAAACAGCAUCAUCACCGUAUGAAGUACUGGAUAAACAAACUGUUGAUCAACAACCCAACUCUUACCAACAACUCGAUACACCAUCCAGAUCAACAUAUGAGGUACUGGAUAAACAAACGAUUGAUCAACAACCCAACACUUACCAACAACUCAGUCCCUAUCAAAAUGUAACUCGGGAUUGAAAUGAUAUGUAAAGAUAAUAUUUAAUGAAUUUAUAAAUGUUUCUAGAAAA